AUGGAGGAAGAAGAAGGCAAGACCAUUUUCACUCGGCUGGCCGUCAUUGAAGGCAGGACGUCACGGAAGUUGGAUGUCUCGGGAAGACCAGAGAAGCCACCAGAGCUGCAGAGAAAGUCGUCCAAGCCAGAAGCCGCAGCCAAAAAGGCAGAAAGCAAGGAGGAGAUAGGUGCUGGGGACGAUGAAGACGAGGAAGAAGAGGAGCAGGAGGAGGAGCCAACGCCUGAAAAGAACGAGGAGAAGAAAAGGAAAGGCUGGGACCUGGCCAAGUCUUACGGAGAUCGCUGGGAGGAGGGCGAUGUGAUUUGCUGCCAAGUUAUGAUGCCAUCUGGCAUCAUUGCCUUUGGCCUCAACGGCGACUUCCAGGCUCCUAUGGGCACGGCGUUUGACCUCAAGCUGCCAGCUGGGGCAAAGCUGUGCCUGGUGGCCUCUGCAGGGGAGAACGGGCGCCUGCGAGUGAACCUGGGACAGGUUGCGUUCUCCUUCCCACCACCGUCACAGCUUGAAGCUCUUAUCCCAGAAAUCGAGGAUGAGGAAGAAGAGCAAGGUGAAGAGGGCAAAGAGGGCAAAGAGGGCGAAGAGGGCGAAGGAGCAGAGGUCAUAGACGAUGCGGCAAAGGAGGUCAAGGAGGAGCCGGCGGCUCCGGCGCACCUCACGGUCGAAGCCUCCAUGGGCCUGGGGGAGGCCAUGAGCAUCCGGCCCCUGUGGCAGGUGAAGUUGCCGAAGGCGGUGAAAGCUUGGCCGGUCUACGCUUUGCCUUCCAGAGAUUCGCAGGGCCGUAAGGCCAUGAAGGACGGCGAAGUUGUAGAGCAGAUCAAGCUGCAGAGCGAUGGCGGUUGGGUGCAACAUCAGGCCGGCUGGAGUCCGUGCAAAAUGGUGGUGGUGGGCAAUGAGUACGAGGCUUUGAAGCCAACACCUGCAUGGGUGGGCAUCGACAAGCCGCCCAAGGAGAAAAAGCUUCGCAAGACCAUCAAGCGAGUUGUGCACGCGACCUUCGAUACUGAGCUUUGCUCCCAGCAUUGCUGGAACUUCCGGGGAUCAGAUGAAGCGCAAUGCAGCAAUGGACCGAACAUGCUGGUGAGCACAGAAAGCGCUGCAGCAGGGAUUCUCCGAUGGUGCAUCAAGGGCGAGAGCGGCAACAAGGCCCUGGAGGUUGGCGUCAUACCGGCAGACAAGGUGGAGGAGGCCAACUUCCUGUUCGAGCAGUCCGACUGCGGUGUCAAAUCAUCAGGGACCAAAGGCGGCAACGACAAAACGGUCUUCGACAUCUACAUGAAGUACGUUGAUGUCAUUGCCGACUUAGACGCAAGGCAGCUGAAGGUGAUGGUGGGUGACACCCGCGAACAGAUGGUGGAGGUCAAGUCUUGCGACAUCCCCUUCGAAGAUGAUGUCAAGCUUGCUAUCACUGGCUGGAACAACACGAAGCUGCGCUUAGAGCCUCCUGCGCGCGACAAGCUCGGCGACAGUGAUGAAUCUGACGCAGAAGAUUAUGACACCGACGGCUUGGUCGUGACAAGCUGCGGCAAUGCAGUGCAAGCGAGCACAUGGCAUGUGGCCACUAUGGUGGUGGAUUUGCCAGCAAGCACCUGCCAGAUCUACUUAGAUGGCGAACUGCACUUGAAUGUGAGGGAUCCAGGCGGGCUGGUCUCAGACGGCCGCCUCUCCGUGGAUCCCCGGGAGGGCAUGAUGAUCUUCAGCGCGGCCAAGCGCGGCGGCAGUGGCCUGGGCUCCGCCGACUGGCGGGCAGGAGGGCAUUUGCGCGCCAUGCGCCUGGACACAAGCCCGCUGAGCCAAUUCGAUGUGUGGUCCCAGCAGCUGCCGAAAGGCAUUUGGAUUUGUCGAUGCACCGCACGCAAUGCUGCAGAUGCUCGCAUUUGCUGGCGCUGUCGAAACACGCGCACCCGGUCUGGCGCACGUCCUCCUGGAGAUGCGGACCCUCGUGUGGAAGGCCUCACCGUCAUCACUGCCGACUCCUUCCGGGAGCUGGUUCUUGAGAGCCAGAAGCACGUGCUCGUUGUCGCCAGUGCAUCAUGGUGCCCUCCAUGCCAGCAGCUGAAGCCCCGGAUCCACCGGCUGGCGCAGCUGCUGGCAGCCGAGCCCUCCAUUGCGGUGGCCGUCAUCGACACGGACGAGAACGAGCUGCAGAGUCGCUACUUCCCGGAGCCCCACAUUCCCAACGUGAAGCUCUUCCUGCAGGGGCAGAAGCGGCAGCCAGUGGCGGUGACGGAUGCCUCGGGCAUGUCCCUAGAUGAGCUGGCAGGGUUUAUUGAGCAGCAGACUGGCGUCAGCAUCCAGAAGGCCAUCGAGAAGGGCUUCCCUGCCUACGCUGAGCGUGUGGGUGUUGCGCCCUUGCUUGAGAAGCUGAAGCGGUGCGCCAUGACCAAACUCGUUGGGCGCUCUGCUGGUCAACCGGCACUGAAGGCUUUAGCUGCAUUCCUCUACAACGAGCUGAUCACAGGUUGCCAGGAGGCCAGAGAGGCUCCCAAGCUGCCGGGCCCACCCAUGCUGCAGCGGGCGAUCUCCGCCAAGAGCACGCAGAAACCGGCGGCGGGCCCGCCCGUGCUGAGCCGGGCCGUGUCCGGGGGCGCGCGUCAGCGGCUGGGCUACUCCCCCGUUCUGGCCAUGGGCAGCGCUGACCCGCGGCUGACCGAGCGACUGCUGGACGAACUCUUCGAAAAGCAGCUGCUGGGUGUGGUGCGGGUGGCUCAGCCUGAGGAGCUCACGCCCUUUGUGCGGGCCUUCCUGCUCAAGGCUGCCGGCCCCGCUUACAACCACACCACCUUCUUCAACGCCAUUCUGCGGAUUUCAUGGCAAGUGGCCCCGCUAGCCGAGAAGCUGGUGGCCGCCACCCGGAUCCUUCGCGCCAUCAUGCGGUGGGCCUCCCAGCGCCGGGCACUGGUGGGCCUUCCUCCGCUCAUGGCGCCAUGGGCUCCGCCACCUGAGGCCACCGAGAUGAGUGCGGCUGCGCAGCGCCACAGCUGGCGGCGCAUCGAAAUCGCCUUGGCCAAUGAGGAGCACCGGCAUGGGCUGUCCGAGCUGGGCCUGCUGCUGGAUCGAGGCUUGCCUCCUGACACGGCACCUUUCGGCAUCACCCCUCUGCUGCUGGCCGCUGCCAUCGGCCACCUGCCAGCAGCUCAGUUCCUUUUCGUGCGUGGUGCCAGCCCCCACGUGGCCGGGGGUCAGCCACCCUUGCUGCCGGUGGAAGCUGCGGCGCGGCACAACCAUUUGCGGAUCGUGGAGUUGCUGCUGGAGAAUGGCGCGGUGGCGGGCAGGGCACUUCACUUCGCUGCUGCCGGCGGCUCCACGGACGUGGCCAACUACUUGUUGUCCAAGGGCUGCUCGGCUGAUGCCGCAGUGCAGGGCUUGUCGCCUGUGGCUGCUGCGCUCAUCUCCAGGCAGCACGCCAUGGCUUUGCUGCUGCUGCCGCACUGCAAUCCAGAGGCAUUGGCAGCCCCCUUAUCGGAUGAGGGGUGUGCGGCCGCCGGCUUAGCCACUGGAUCCACCCUAGCGCAUCUCGCAGCUUCGGUGGGUGGCUUGUGCGAGACCUUCGUCCUAGGACUCAUGAGAUCUCUCCCCCCAGCAGCAUGCUUCGCUGACAAUAGCCGCGGUCAAAGCGCCCUGGACUUGAUGCCAACCACCUUGCGCAUCGCUGUGAAGCCUCAGCUCUACAGCGCUUUGGCGGCUGCAGUUCUGGAUCAGGAUCCGGCCGCGCGCGUGGAAGUGGUGAGCCAGGUGCUGCAAGCUGGAAGAGCGGACCCUCGGGCGAUGGACACGCGCGGGUUCAGCUUGCUGGACCUGGCGGCCUACACGGGCUCUGCGCCUUUGGUGGACCUCUUGGCGGCGCACGCGUCGACGGGUAAGCUGUCGGCACUGAUGUGGGCGCACUGGGGCGGACAGGACGAGGUGGUUUUGAAGCUCACCUCCAAAGGAGCGAGUUUGAGCAAUGCGGACUUAGAAGGAUUACAGCUGUUGCGGUCUGCCAGGGCCAGUCUCAGCGAUGAGAGCGACAAAUCCAGGGGAGUGAGGCUUUUGGAGCCUGACGCCUCCCAACUCUGGCGUGGCUGCUGGCCACCGUACCUUCCUCAGCAGCUGUCACCCAGCACAAACACCUACCUGUGCGCCGCCCAGCCCUUGAUGCAGCGCAUGACCUGGGGGGCAGGAAAGGACAAUGGGGUGGCCAUGCCGGGAGCCACUGCUGCGGAGGAAGAGGAAAAGAAGACAGAAGCUACCCAAGCUGAGGAGCUGCUAGAAGCCAUCAAGCUCACAGGAGCGAAAGCAGAGGCGGUCGCCAGCGCGCAACUGUUGGCCCUCCGGCUCACCGCAGAAGGGCAGGUGGGACUUUCCCCAGCCAACAUCAUUGCACUCAACCUUUUCCUCAUGGACACCUCCUUCCACAGUGAGGUCAACACUGCGAUGGCCGCGCAGUUCUCGCAGAGCCCUGCUCCAUCAGUGAGGGAGCGAGCGGCGGACAUCCAAGCCGCUCAUGCAGAGCUAGCUGAUGCGCUCGAAGCCUUGCCAGCCCGCAAGGUGGUGUGCUUCCGAGCUGUGCGCUUGGCGCUGCCAGGGGGCUUGCGAGAGCUGCUGAGAGGCCACCGGCUUGGCAUGGACUGCCCCCUGGCAUAUUGA